AUGGCAUCUAUCUUCACGUACGAUCCCGACCCACCUCGGGUUUCGUCCCCAUGGUCGACUUCGGGAGCUUCAACACCUCAAGUCAACGUAUCUGGUAGCCAAGGACUAGCCAUCCGAACCAAGUCCAGCUCAGCAUUGAGUUCCGCGGAUCCUGAUUUUCUUGCAGAUUAUGGCAUCACCAAGUUGGAGCCAGAGCCCCAGGAGGGCCCCACUGAGUACAAGUUGCAUCUACUGCUCCGUCCACGGCGGAGCUAUCUUUCCAUGUCCACCGGGAAUGUUGUCGCAGGGUCAUAUCAUUCUCGUAGUAGCACAGCAUUGCCUUCAAAUUAUGGACCGCCUUCAAAUUCUGCAUCGCCUUCUGAAGAUACAGCAGCGACACGCCCGAAGCCCAUGCAAGCCAAGUCGUCUCAAAGUCGGCAACAAAGGCUUCAGGGGUUGACGACGCAACUUUUAUGGCGAUUACAGCAAUCAUCACCAUUCCAUUCAUCCACAACGGCGAACUUGGUGGUUCCCGUGCUUCCACAUACGACCCCACAAUUGGGUGUACCGCCCAAGCCGGCUCGCCUUCUUCCCGGCCUGGAAGAGAGCCAGGGUGCACUUUACGAGAUUGGAGUUGCCGACGAUGGCACCUUCGUAGGCUUAACGCAAGAUGAACUUGAUGAAAGUGUGACUAAUCUCCAGGCUAUGGCAGCUAGUCUUGGAUGUAAAGUUGAAAUUUUGCGCCGAGUCAUUGUCGGGAAAUGCGAAUGGAAGAAGGAUUUGCCGCACAAGCUUUGGGUAGCGGAAGCUUUGGUAUCUCCAGACCUUGACUUCUACAAAAUGUCUCCUCAAUCAAGUCGCAAUGGCAAUGGCAAUGACGGUGUUGAUUCUGAUCCGGCAGCGAGCUCUGUCUCGGAAGAGGACUAUUCCCAAACGGAGCAGAUCAGAAUAUCCAUCGCAGGCCCGAGCACUGUAGGUAAAUCCUCUUUGCUUGGAGCUUUAACCUCAUCGCAACUUGACAAUGGGAGAGGAAAGAGCCGACUUAGCCUCCUCAAACAUCGGCACGAGAUUUCGUCCGGAAUCACUAGCUCUGUUGCCCAGGAGUUAAUUGGCUAUGCUGACGAUGUACCCACAAGCGUAGUCAACUAUGCUUCCGGUAACGUUGCGGCGUGGGAUGAUAUUCAUGCUACUUCGCGCUGCGGCCGCCUAGCGUUUAUAUCCGAUCUUCCAGGCUCAGUUCGGUAUGUGAAGUCAACACUAAGGGGUCUUGUCAGCUGGGCCCCGCAUUAUGUGAUGCUUUGUAUUCCGGCCAACUGCGGCGACGAGACAGCAGAUACUGAGGCCGGCAACGAGAGUGCCACUGAAAUGGAUAUUUGUCUAGCCUACUUGGCUCUAUUUCUGAAGUUGGAAGUUCCCUUCUUGAUUGUCAUCACAAAGUUAGACAUUGCGUCCCGAACUGGCCUCCGAGAAAAUCUUGCCAGAGUCUUGUCUGUCCUGAAAACAGCAAAUCGGAAGCCUGCGAUGCUUCCUGCAUCCCCAACGGCAGACAAGAUACCUGAUCUUCAGCAAAUCAGCGCAUCGGAAAGCAAAGUAAUACAAGACCUGAUCGAAACAAUAAACGGGAACUGGACUCAUACUGUGCCUAUUAUCCUCUCUAGUGCUGUUGAUGGUACGGGGAUUGGCAAACUGCACGCGCUUCUCCGACAUUUGCCUAUCCCAUUGGUACCACGCCAAAGAGCACUGCAAAGGUGUAGUAGGAAACCAGUGUCUAAUCAAUCCAGCGCCAAUGUUUUCGAUGUUGAUGAGGUCUUCGCCAUUCCACCUUCAAAGGUAUACUCGAUGGCCAGUGAAAAAAGCAACGGAGAGAAACGUGGAAUGGUAUUGUGUGGCCUGGUUCGCCAUGGCAGCAUAUCCGUCGGCGAUGAGAUGGCUAUCGGACCCCUUCUAGUCGACACCUCCACAGACAGCUGCAAUGAAAAUGUACCAUUGAGUAUGCUUUCUCGUAGCAGCGGGCCGGGUCCUUCAAGCGAGUCUCCUGCCUCUUUUCCUCAAGGCUCUUUUCUAGGGAAAGAUGCAUCGUCAGCGCAAGUAAAAUGGCAGCGCGUACGCGUCGUUAGCGUCCGCGAUCUUCGCCUCUCCGUCCGCCGCCUAAUGAAAGAUCAAGUCGGCACUAUUGGUAUCGAACUUCUCACAUCCCCAGAUCAAGAUAGACUUCCACGUCUUAGCCGCAUCCGCAAGGGCAUGGUUCUGAUGGAUCUGCACCAGACCUCGCCACUUUUGCUUCCUUCUUCCUCCUUCACCACCGCCGCCGCCACCACUCCGCUCUCAUCUAUAGUGUCAUUGCCUUUCUACACAGGCUUCAUAGCCACGUUCCCGGCAUCCGAAUUCUCUGCUCUGAAUUCACCUCCUCUGCUCCUGGGUGGUAAUUCUACAGCUUACAUAGCGAACAUUCGCACGACCGUUCGCGUGAUUUGCAUGGAACUUGAAGGGCCAGGUGAAGAGCCUCCUUCUGAGCCACAAUCGCCCGAUGAGCUGGAGUUCUUCAGCUUCGAUGGUGAUGCCCAACCCCCUGGCAGUGGAGAGAACGGUGGUAUGAGCACCGAUAGCACUAACUCCUCUGAAACCGUGCGGCGUCGUCAAUCCGCCACUGAUAUUAGGAAGGUUGUCUCUGGGAUUACACACACCUCGCCCGGAGGAAAGACAGAUGCAUUCAAAGAAGAUGUACGAAUCACAUUUGCGCUUGUCACAUCUGUCGAGUGGAUUGAGCUUGGUUCGCAGGUCCUCGUUAUGCCGGGUGUGUCGAUGGGAGCGUCUUCAAAUGCAGCGUUGGGUUCCGGCCCUGGCUCUAACGCCAACGCUUCUGGAGUGACAACGGUAUCCGGGCUUGAGGGUUUUGUGGGGACAGUCUGCGAAGUGGUUCCGGGAAGAAGUGUGGAGAAUGAAUAA